GUUGUCAGUGACAGUUCUCCGAUCAUGCGGCGGCGGAUCUUCAAUCACUGAUCCGUAUCAAUAACGAGAUCCCUCUUUUUUUUAUGCGAUCUGCCCACGAUCUUGUCGCGUUGUUGAGUUUUCUAUUUACACGGGGUACUUUUCGGCAGUUUUUGCGCGGUGCUACAAAUCACGGAGCGUUAUUGUUAUUGUUAUUUUGAGUAAUUGGAAUAACCAUGGUACCGACCAGCAGAACUACCUGGAGGCUGCUGCUCGUCUGUUUCGCGGUAUUACUUCUAGGCCUUCUCCAGCACGCCGAAGGUGCGAGAAAGAGAUUCCGCAGGCCGACGACUUCCGCGCCGUCGAUCUCGAACGAUCAGGAGGUCUCAGCCAGUGUCAACAGGUUCAAGGUUACGCGGAAUCGUGUCAGCAACAAGAGCACGAAGAACGAACUUCAGCCUGGCAAGACAAACGACUAUAAGCUCGUAUGCUAUUAUAGCAAUUGGUCUCAGUAUCGCACGAAGACCGGCAAGUUCAUGCCGGAGGACAUUCAACCUGACCUCUGCACCCACAUUGUCUUCGCCUUCGGAUGGCUAAAGAAGAACAAACUGACCAGUUUCGAGUCGAACGAUGAAACGAAGGACGGCAAGAUCGGCCUGUACGAGAGGGUGGUAAAUCUCAAAAAAGCCAACCCGUCUUUGAAGAUUCUGCUUGCCAUCGGUGGUUGGUCCUUCGGCACGCAGAAGUUCAAGGAUGUAUCCUCGACGAGAUACGCCCGGCAGACCUUCAUCUACAGCGCUAUACCGUACUUGCGGGACAGGAACUUCGAUGGCCUUGACAUCGACUGGGAAUACCCGAAGGGUGGGGACGACAAGAAAAACUACGUUUUGCUGCUUAAGGAGCUCCGAGAGGCUUUCGAGGCGGAGGCGCAGGAGAGGAAGAAACCGCGUCUCCUCUUAACCGCUGCGGUACCGGUUGGACCUGACAACGUUAAGAGCGGUUAUGAUGUGCCUGCUGUUGCCAGUUACCUGGAUUUCAUUAAUCUCAUGGCCUACGACUUCCACGGAAAAUGGGAGAGAGAAACCGGUCACAACGCCCCGUUGUACUCCUCGUCAUUAGACUCGGAAUGGCAGAAACAAUUAAGUGUCGACAACGCGGCCACCAUGUGGGUCAAGAUGGGCGCACCGAAAGAAAAAUUGAUCAUAGGCAUGCCGACGUACGGCCGGUCCUUCACUCUUUCAAAUACCGCCAAUUUCCGCGUACACGCUCCGGCUAAUGGUGGUGGAAAAGCGGGCGAAUACACGAAGGAAUCUGGCUUUCUCGCGUAUUACGAGAUUUGCGAAAUGUUGCAUAACGGCGCAGCUUAUGUUUGGGACGACGAGAUGAAAGUGCCUUAUCUAGUGCACAACGAUCAAUGGGUCGGCUUCGACGACGAGAAGUCCAUCAGGAAUAAAAUGCACUGGCUAAAGAGCAAGGGUUACGGAGGCGCAAUGGUAUGGACGGUGGACAUGGACGACUUUAACGGCACCGUUUGUGGCGGAAACGUUCGAUAUCCGCUAAUUGGCGCGAUGAGGGAGGAGCUGAGAGGUAUCUCGCGAGGUUCCAGUGCCAAGGAUGUCGACUGGACUGCGGUUGCCACCACCAUCACAGAAACGAUCGUGAAGAAGCCGGAGCCUUACAAGAUUUCCGUUUCGGAGGUCCUCAGCAAGUCGAAAAAACUUCAGAAGUCUACAACACUUGUCAUCAAUACGCCGACUCAUGAGAGAGAAGCGCAGACCAUUUGUUAUGUAACAAAUUGGUCGCAUAAAAGGCCGGGAAUGGGACGAUUCAAUCCGGAAGACAUUGACCCGACUCUCUGCACUCACGUGGUAUACGCGUUUGCUACUUUGAAGGAUCAUCUACUUACCGAAGGAAGUGACAAAGAUGCUGAAAUGUACCGCAGACUGAUUGCGCUCCGCGACAAGAAUCCAGAUAUUAAAAUUCUACUCGCAAUCGGAGGAUGGGCAUUCGGCUCGACGCCGUUUAAAGAACUUACCAGUAAUACCUUCCGAAUGAACCAAUUUGUUUAUGAGGCUAUCGAUUUUUUGCGGGAAUACAAAUUCGACGGAUUGGAUGUUGACUGGGAAUAUCCAAGAGGAGCCGACGAUCGAGCGGCCUACGUUAAUCUUUUAAAGGAGCUUAGGCUGGCUUUCGAGGGCGAAGCGAAGAGCUCCGACCAGCCGAAAUUAAUCCUGUCAGCCGCAGUGCCCGCUAGUUUUGAAGCCAUUGCUGCAGGGUACGACGUUCCUGAAAUAUCUAAAUACCUAGACUUUAUCAAUGUGAUGGCUUAUGAUUUUCAUGGUCAGUGGGAGAGACAAGUUGGCCAUAAUAGUCCAUUGUAUCCUUUGGAAAGUACCACCAGUUAUCAGAAAAAGCUGACAGUGGAUUAUAGUGCGCGAGAGUGGGUGAAGCAAGGAGCGCCAAAGGAAAAGCUUAUGAUCGGAAUGCCCACGUAUGGUAGAUCCUUCACGCUGGUCGACAAAGACAAAUUUGAUAUUGGUGCACCAGCGUCUGGUGGUGGAGUGGCGGGUAAUUUCACCAACGAGUCCGGAUUCCUUUCCUAUUACGAGGUCUGCAGUUUCUUGAACGAAGAUAACACGACUUUAGUAUGGGAUAGCGAGCAACAAGUACCAUUUGCAUACAGAGAUGAUCAAUGGGUUGGAUUCGACGACGAGAGAAGUCUUAUUAACAAAAUGGCUUGGCUUAAGGAAGAAGGCUUUGGAGGCGUCAUGAUCUGGUCAGUUGACAUGGACGAUUUCAAAGGAUCUUGCGGAGCAGGAAAGUAUCCGUUAAUAAAAACAAUGAAGAAGGAAUUGCAAGACUACAAAGUCAAGCUAGAAUAUGACGGUCCUUACGAAAGUACUUCGAGAAGUGGAAAAUAUACUACUAAAGAUCCAAAUGAAGUAACCUGUGACGAGGAAGACAAUCAUAUAUCUUAUCACGCGGACAAGAAUGACUGUACGAUGUACUAUAUGUGCGAAGGUGAGCGCAAGCAUCACAUGCCCUGUCCUGUAAAUCUGGUCUUCAAUCCCAACGAGAACGUUUGCGACUGGCCGGAGAAUGUCGAAGGCUGUUUGCAGCACACGCCAGCGCCGCCCGUAUAAAGCGAAAAACGUAAUUUUCGCGAAACUGUAAGAUAAGAACGUGACGAAAGUCUAGGGAAAAUAAUAUUAUUAAAAACAUUCAUCGAUUCUCAAGUAAUAAAGUAAGUAUAUUACGUACAUCGCGCGAUUAACAACGAGUUUUCUCUCCACGAAUUUCUUUUAUCCCAUUAUAUCUCACGAAUAUCUUAUUGUCUACAUUUCUUUGUCUCUCCACUUCUUAAGGAUUUUUAUCCCAUUUUCGCAUAUUUUUUACCCUCGCCAUCUGUAUAAAGCACAAGCGAAAUCAUGAUAAUUGAAUUUGUAAAUAAAGAUAAAUCUCUCGG